GGAUGGUUAGAAGGGAGGAUGGAGGGGGCUCGGUGCGUAAUGGUGUGGUAUUAAAUUCUAAUUAGAGAUGCAGGAAUCGAUGAUAGGGAGGUUGGACAGCUCGGUUACCCCAGUGCCAGCCCAAUAGACUGAUGAGUUAUUGUCAUGUAAAAAGCACCAGCAAUAAGACCAACCGCUUUACUAUUGUCCAAGUGGAAAGAGCCAGGUUUAUUAUGAGGACUAUAUGCUCUAGAGACCUCAGGCAAGGCAGCUCAUAGGCGGCUUUUCAUAAAACAAGGCUCAGCUCGUAUAAAGGAGGCCAGUUUUGAAGCAGGCGUCGAUCAGUGCACAUCUACCCACCACCUAGACACCAUCACCAGUCAUCUCCUAACGUAUUCUUCCACUUUGGUGAGCCACCCAGAGCCUUUUCAAUGUAUAAAAUGGAGUAUUCUUACCUCAAUUCCUCUGCCUACGAGUCAUGUAUGGCUGGGAUGGACACUUCAAGCCUGGCUUCAGCCUAUGCGGACUUCAGUUCCUGCAGCCAAGCCAGUGGGUUCCAGUAUAAUCCUAUAAGGACCACGUUCGGAGCCACAUCAGGAUGUCCGUCUCUGACUCCUGGAUCAUGCAGCCUUGGAACGCUUAGAGACCACCAGAGCAGCCCGUACGCAGCAGUUCCUUACAAGCUCUUUACUGAUCAUGGCGGCUUGAAUGAGAAAAGGAAACAGAGGCGCAUCAGGACCACUUUCACUAGCGCACAACUCAAGGAACUUGAGAGAGUGUUCGCUGAAACCCAUUACCCGGACAUUUACACCAGGGAGGAAUUGGCACUGAAAAUCGACCUCACCGAAGCUCGAGUCCAGGUUUGGUUCCAGAACCGUCGCGCCAAAUUCCGCAAACAGGAGAGAGCGGCAGCUGCAGCAGCGGCUGCAGCCAAGAACGGCUCCGCGGGCAAGAAAUCUGACUCGCGGGACGACGAGAGCAAAGAGCCAAAAGCCACUGACCCAGACAGUACUGGAGGUCCAGGUCCUAACCCCAACCCCACCCCGAGCUGCGGAGGACCCAGCCCCACAGGAGGACAGGGCAAUGCCAGUGGGAACGUGGCCGUGGAGCAGGUUAAAUCUGGAGCAGGGGUCCACGGCGCUGGGGUACCAGGGCAGGGAUGGGCGUCCGCUCCGGGCACUAUCACCUCCAUCCCCGAUUCAUUAGGGGGACCCUUUGCAAGUGUGCUCUCGUCUCUUCAAAGACCAAACGGAACCAAACCUACUUUAGUAAAAACCAGCAUGUUUUGAACUUUUCCAAAGACUCGUUGUUUAAUGACAUCUGGUCAACUACUGCAUUGACACGCGUGAGAGGGAGCUGCUGAACCCCGAUUUCUGACCACAUGACAUUAAAGUUAGUGGCAGACUGACGAGGGAGCUGGCACCGCUUAUGGUUUACUGUUUGAAAUCAGUGACUGUCUACAAACUACCAUAAUUACAGGGGACAUCAUGGUCAUUGAUACAUCCAUGUGAGAGACUUGUAUCGAGGGUUAGGCCAGUAUUUGUAUUGAUGUGUUGAGCAUAUUGGUUGUAACAUGUCGGUCCCUCCCUGUUCCGUUUCUUGGUAGAUUUUAUACAUCUGUAAAAUAGCAUUGUUAAUGUUAUUGUAGAGAACAUUUGUGUCAUUGAUUUAAACCUCGAUUUCCUGUAUCAAAAUAGUCAUUUAACAAAACAACCUCUAGAUUAGAAUGGGCGGCAAGCUGCCGCGGGGAUAGGGGUUUAGAAGAACGUUGGGUUGGGUUGUUUUAUAGGAACACGCACCUUGCGAUGUAUGCAUAAAUUGCCCUUUCAUGAAUUAUAAAGGAUCUCAUUUUAUUUUGUUUUAGAGACACAAAAUCAAUUGUUACUGUUGACAGGAAUACUUUAAACGUUUUUUUUUUGUGUCUUUCUACAGCUGUGUUGUGACUCAAUUGUGUAGUGCUAAUAGAAGUAUAAAGGUGUCUACUAUAGUUGAUCCGAGAUGAUGUUUACCGUUGUAGUCUAUGGAGUGUCUUCACUAAGUUUAAAAAGCUCGUCACGGGUUGAGUUAUUUUCAUCUAGAUACGCCAGUUUCAAACCAUGGUAUUUAUUUUAUUAUGAUUUGCAUGUUGUCUUAUUUUUUCUGUCCGAUUGAAUUUUCUUGUGAGCAUAUCUGCUUGUGUCACGUUCAGGAGUUCGAAAUUAUUUAUAUGUAGUUUUAAUGAAUGCUUAUAUUUAAGAAGGGAAAUAUUUCUACGUGUGCAUAUAGUUUUCCAAAAGUGUACCAUUAACAUGGUUGUUGAUAAUAAAAUGAUAAGCAAAUGUU